CUGAAAUGAAAACCUCAUCAUCCUCAACACUCACCCAACCCAACAUCACACCUUGAACACCGAAACAUAACAACAACACACUCAUUCACUUUCUCGUCUUCGGAACUAAAAUCUCGCCUUUCUCGCUAAUCCUAAUUGUCCAAAGACAAGAUAAUCAAUGUCCCCAAACGGUAACCGCUACCACAGCUCUAAGAUUUCCACCUAAACCAUACCCUCAUCUUCCUUAAUUCUAAACUCUUAGGUAAAGUGGCUUAAUCACUCAAUCAUAUCAUAUCAUAUAAAACUCUUCGGAGACGACUUUUUUCGCAUUGCUGUUCAUUUGGGUCGCGGAAUCGCUUUUCAAAAAACUUUUUUGUUUUCAAAUGGAUGAUCUUUCGUCCAGCCUUCUGUGCCAAGAAAACGAAACUUGUUUGGAAGAAGGGGGUGAAGAAUUGGAACACCCAUUCGUGGAAUCGCAGCAUGAUUGUGGGGUUUCGGAGGAUGAACAUGUGGGAAUUUUGAUUGAGAGAGAGGUGGUUCUUGGGUUCAAAAGGGACGAAAGUUUGGUGCUUGGGGACUGGGUGAAACGAGCACGCAUGGAAGCAAUCGAUUGGAUUCUCAAAACAAGAGCAACAUUGGGUUUUCGCUUUGAAACGGCUUAUUUGUCAGUGACAUACUUGGAUCGAUUUCUUUCCAGAAGGUCCAUUGAUAGUGAAAAGUGUUGGGCAAUUCGGUUGCUAUCAAUUGCAUGCCUCUCUCUGGCUGCAAAGAUGGAGGAGUGCAAUGUGCCAGGGCUAUCAGAGUUCAAAUUGGAUGACUAUUCUUUUGAGGGAAAGGUGAUUCAGAAAAUGGAGCUUUUGGUGCUGAGCACAUUGGAGUGGAAAAUGGGAAUCGUCACUCCCUUUGAUUUUCUUUCCUAUUUCCACACAAAGUUGUGCAAAGAUUCCCCACCAAGUCCUAUUUUUUCCAAGACCAUGCAAUUCAUCUUCACUACAAUGAAAGAGGUCAAUUUAAUGGAUCACAAACCAUCAGUUAUUGCAGCGGCUGCUACUUUGGUGGCAAUGGAUCAACAAUUGACGAUUGAAGCAGUGGAGUUGAAGAUGAGUUCAAUUCCACAAUAUAGGCUACUAGAACCAAAAGAUGUAUUCGAGUGCUACAAUCUAAUUCAAAGAUUAUACGAGGAGAAUACCAAAAGAGACACACAUACGCCAAUUGACAUGAUUGAGAGCUCUCGAGUUACUUCUGCAGCGGUGGCAAAGAGAAGAAGACUCACAUUCAGUGAUGAUGAAGGAAGUAGUGGUGGGAAGGGACAAGGCUAGCAAAAAUCCAUUUUUUUAAUAUUUUUUUUUGUCUAAUUAUUUUAUGUGAAGAAUAUGUAUUGUCAUUCUUGAUUAGUUCUAGCACUAAUCUCACCCAGAGAUAGAGAGAGUAAAAGUGAAAUCCAAAUCAAAAAGGUAUUGAUUGUUACUACCAGAAAAAUCUUCCUCA